CACCGAAUAACUACCAUUUCACGUUCUGUUGUGUCUGGGAGCCGUAAUUAAAAUUAUUGCCACUUCCACAACUACAACUAAUGUGUCACCGUGUUGUAUACCUAUUUGAUGAAGAAGCACAGUGACCGCUUUGGUUUACUUUUUAUAAAUAAGAAUAUGAUAUAGGAAAAGUGUCUUAUGCUAUUCCUAUACCUAUACUGCGCUACUUUCUGUGGAACCCUUUCGCCAUUUACCUAGCUUUCAGAAAAUGGCUGUGCGACUGUUGAAAAUAGGAUCACGAGGCAUUUAUUCUGGUGUAUUGCAGUGGAAAUGUAUCCCCCUUAGUAAUGUACUGGGUGCAGACCUAAGUAGAAGACAUUUAAAUGUCAAUGCAGUUAUGGAGGAUGACAGCAGAGAUACCAGAAGGAAAGGCUUAGAACUUUUUGAAACACUUCACGGGAAAGGCAUUGACAAUAGACACAGAAAUUCAUUUUUGUCUCUUUAUCAAUAUUUACUUGACUUUGGAGUUGACCAAAAAACUUUGCAGUCCCAGUUUUUGGGUACUCCUGACCUGGUAAAAUAUCCUGUAUCACAGUGGAAGAAUUUUUGCGAAGUAAUGGUGAGUGGUGGAAUGCCAGCAGAUAUUGCAUUCAAGAAUAUAGUAUAUUGUCCUGACAUCCUUCAGAUUAAUAGGAAAGCACUUGAACAACACAUAGAAAAACUGAGCUUGAUAUACAUUGGGAACCAUUCUCUUCUGGAUCUGGUGCAGAGUAAUCCACGAGUGUUUGCAUUUCCACCAAAAGCUAUCGUUGGAAGACUCAGAAAAUUAUCUACAAUGUUUGUACCGGGUGAUCUGAAGGUUUUGGUAAAGAAUAAUCCAAGCAUUGUAACUGAUAAAUGGGACACUGUCAAUGAAAAAAUUCUGUAUAUUCAUGAGAUGAUGGGUCUAGAACAAGCACAAAUUGCAGCUAGUGAGGCUCUUCAAAAGUCUCUGUUCCAUAUCAAGGUACGUCAUCAGUUUCUGUAUAGGGCAGGUCUUUACAAAACUCCAGAUCUUGCAAAGGACAAGAAAAGCUACAAGCAAAAUGCAGAUUUAUCCUUGAUAAUGGACACUUCAAACAAGUUUUUCGUUAACAAAAUUGCAAGAUUGACAGAACCUGAAUAUGAAGUAUUCUACAGAAUGAUGAAGGAAGAACAUGAUUCAAUAUCAGAUGAUGAAGACAGUGAUGGAUCUCACUCUGAUGAAGAAUAGUUGAAAUAACUGUAAAUGAUGUGCAUAGUUACUAAUAAAUUAUUGUUAAUUUCUA